UCGAUAUGUAAAGACACAGGAAACAUGAAAAAACCCACGAUCCAACUAGAGGCGAAACCAUGCACUCUGGAACAAUCCACGAUCCAACUAGAGGCGAAACCAUGCGCUCUGGAACAAUCCACCAUCCAACUAGAGGCGAAAACAUGCACUCUGGAACAAUCCACCAUUCAACUAGAGGCAAAACCAUGCACUCUGGAAAAAUCCACCAUCCAACUAGAGGCGAAACCAUGCACCCUGGAACAACCCACGAUCCAACUAGAGGCGAAACCAUGCGCUCUGGAACAAUCCACCAUCCAACUAGAGGCAAAACCAUGCACUCUGGAACAAUCCACCAUCCAACUAGAGGCAAAACCAUGCACUCUGGAACAAUCCACCAUUCAACUAGAGGCAAAACCAUGCACUCUGGAACAAUCCACCAUCCAACUAGAGGCAAAACCAUGCACUCUGGAACAAUCCACCAUUCAACUAGAGGCAAAACCAUGCACUCUGGAACAAUCCACCAUCCAACUAGAGGCGAAACCAUGCACUCUGGAACAAUCCACUAUUCCACCCAUCAAACCAAGUAAACUGUGUAUGUCACUUAAAAUCUAAUAUGAACCCGUAAUUAGUCAAAC